AUGGUGACCACACCAGCCACUGUUUCAACUAACAUGGUGACCACACCAGCCACUGUGUCAACUAACAUGGUGACCACACCAGCCAGUGUGUCAACUAACAUGGUGACCACACCAGCCACUGUGUCAACUAACAUGGUGACCACACCAGCCACACUUAAUUGUGGGUUAUUUAUUUUCAGUGAUGUGGACACGGAAUCCGGUCUCAUCCCGGGCAAUUCUGGUAGUUCAUCAAGCUCAAGUCUUUCACACGGCCUGGAUAGCCCGAGCACGUCCUUCGAGCAUGUAGUGUCUCGGACAGAUGCACCAUUACCUGCCCCAGUCCUCGAAAAUGACUCUGACAUUGAGGCAGAGGUGGAUCUUCCAAACUGGCAAAAACUAGUCUCUGACGAGGAAAUUAAGAAGCUCAAGCCUAAAGAGCGCAAGAGGCAGGACACCAUAAAUGAAUUGUUCCACACUGAGCGGACACAUGUACGGGUCUUAAAAGUUUUAAAACACCUAUUUCAAGUACCCAUGACAGAAGCAGAACUGUUACCAAAAGAUCAGUUGGACAUUCUUUUUCCCAAUAUGGACCAAAUGUUGGAAAUUCAUAUAGUCUUCAACCAAGCAAUGAAGAAGAGGAGAGAAGAAGAACCGCUCGUUUUUAGAGUAGGGGACCUUCUUAUUGAUAUGGCAAGUAUAUUAUUUCUUUAUUAAUUGAUUACUUCUCAG